AUGCACACCGGAAACACCCCGGAUCGCCAGAUGCCUCAUCUCCCUCAACUCACCGCGAGAAACAUGGCCGAACCCCCAAUGGACCGCGCCGGCUCCCCUCACGGAUCUGAAUACUCCCAGCACUCUCGUCACACCAUGGAAGGUGUUCCACGAUCAUACCCGUCGCCCAGCGCCGGCUCAUACCCCUCUCCCAGCGCCAUGGUCGGCGCCCCGAUGUCCAUGCAAGUUCCUGUCUCUCACAUGGCACCGAUCCUGCCUGGCAUCCCGCAAGAGAUGUCCCAGCACAUGGGCUAUAAGGCGCCCGAGCAGCAGGCACCUCAGCAGCCUGCAAAGGCCUACCCGUGCAGCACCUGCGGCAAGGGCUUCGCCCGCCGCAGCGACCUGGCCCGUCACGAACGCAUUCACAGCGGCAUCCGCCCUCACGUCUGCGACUUCCCCAACUGCGGCAAGCAGUUUAUCCAGCGAUCUGCCCUCACCGUCCACCAGCGUGUCCACACGGGCGAAAAGCCUCACAUGUGUGAGCGGUGCGGCAAGCCUUUCAGCGACAGCAGUUCCCUCGCCCGUCACCGCCGAAUCCACUCCGGCAAGCGUCCAUACAAGUGCCCGUACGCCGACUGCCAAAAGACCUUUACCCGCCGCACCACCCUGACCAGGCAUCAAAACCACCACACCGGCACCGUUGAGGAGGCGGCUGCGGCCACCGCCGCUGCGCUUGCCGCCCGCGGAGCUGCUGCGAAGCCCACCCGCUCCGACGGCGAUGCCAUGUCCAACCGUGGCUCCCCUCUGACGACACCCUCCCCCGGCCAGCGGACCCUGUCAAUGUCUCCCAGCGCGGACAACAUGCACCGUGCCAACGCCGAGUUCCAGUACAUGGGCAACAGCUCCCUCCCCGUGCACCUCCAGCGCGACAUGCACGUCGGCAGCCCUGCGUCGACAACAUCGGCCGGCUACAAUAACGGCAUCCGCCCGACCUCCCACCCUACGGGCUACGGACCUCCUCCCACGCUGGAGCCCAGUGUCGAGCAGCACUCGGGUCCCGGCAGCGCAGGCGGCAGCCCUCACAUGAGCAGCGUCGGCUGGCAGUCCCCGUCUCACGUCCCGUCGCCCUCGCACAGCAGCAACGGCGGCAACGGAUACACCUACCCCGACCCCGACGCGUACCCGUCUGCCCCCUCCCUCGGCGGCCAGAUGUUCUACGGCAACGCUGGCCAGGUCCGCCGCCCCCAGAGCACGGAGCCCCCCGCCGCCUACGAUAUCAAGGGUCGUCAGAGCGAACUGUGGGCGGGCGCCCACUAG